AUGACAUGGCCACAGCCUGCACCGCUACCCACACUAAAACACACCAGGUACAAGAAGCUGGAUGACCGCGGUGUGGCCAUGCUGCCCAUUAACAGGGAGUUUGACCAGGUCAGCCACUUGUCCUGCGCCUCACUGUGUACAACAUCAAGGAAGAGAUGCUACAGCUACAUCUACAACACGACCACCCGACACUGCAGCUUGGGUUCUUGGUUAUUUCCCCUUAAGUCAUCAGACCAGACCAGCCAAGGAAAGAUCUACUCAACCGGAAAGUUCUGUAACACCACCAGAAACAUCACAGUUCUGCCUGACUUGUCGGUCCUACCAUCGGAUCUCGCAUUUUGUCUGGAGUCUUGUCGUGACCUUGACAGCAGUGACCCCAGACCUAUCGUGACCCUUAAAUCUGGACUUCAGGUCAUGUGUGACACAGUGACCGACGGUGGAGGAUGGACCAUUUUCCAAAGACGUGUUUCCGGAACCGUAGACUUUUACCGAAACUGGACGGAAUACAAAAACGGUUUCGGUAACUUCAUCUCAGGAAACUUCUACCUCGGUAACGAAAAUAUUUACCUCAUCACCUCGCAAAUCCAACACGAGCUUCGAGUCGACUUAACCAUCGACGGGAAAAACUUCUUCGCCAAGUACUCCAACUUCAGCAUCUCUAGCGAGACCAACGGCUACAGGCUGAUGGUAUCAGGGUACAACGGCACCGCUAGCGACGGCCUGAACUACCACAACAACAUGAUGUUCACCACCUACGACAGGGACAACGACAAGUACGACGGCAACUGCGCCGUGGCUUUCCACGGCGCCUGGUGGUACCUGUUCUGUUACUACUCCAACCUCAACGGCCUGUGGGGCGACACCGGCGACAUGGGGACUCACUGGGUCAAAGGUCAAUAUACUUCCAUCACCUUCACGGAGAUGAAGAUAAGGUCCGUCUGA